AACACUCAACUUCAUACAUCAAAUACAACAUGCGGAAUUAUUAUUGUUUAUGCAGAUUGUUUAUAUACAGUCAUUCUCAAAGUCAGUACCUCACGCGACUGACGCAGGGCUGCGCGCGCGCACUUUCACGCCGACUGACACACAUAAUUCAAUUCGACGUAAAUCAUUCAAUAAACAUGGCCAAUAAAAACGAGAAUUACCCAUGGGAUAUAGUGGAUGUCCCACAGGAAACUGCUGAACAUCUUAUGAAGUACUUUACAGGCGAACUUACAGGCUUCGUUCGCAUAGGACCGAAAGGUUACUUCAUGCCGAACAAGUUCAAACAAGAGGCUGCUAAAAUCUACAACAUGCCGCUAAGGAAGGAUGACAUAUUCGUCGCGAGUUAUCCACGAUCAGGUACUACCUGGACACAGGAGCUAGUCUGGAUGGUGGCCAAUGAUUUAGAUUAUGCUACGUCAGAUGCGAUACCACUGACGGAGCGAUACCCAUUUCUAGAAUUUUCAGUCUUCGUCCACCCCAUUAUGAAAGAGCGAUUCAUUGAAGAGAACAAGGACAGCGAAAGGAAACUAAAGCUUUUAGAGAUAGUGACCCAGGCCGGCACAGAUCAGCUGGCCAAUAUCCCUUCUCCACGGUUCAUAAAAACCCAUCUCCCGAUGUCUUUGUUACCAUCCGAAGUUCUAGAGAUUUCUCGUGUGGUCUAUGUGGCGAGGGACCCGCGGGAUGUGGUGGUUUCAUUCUACCAUCUGAACAGACUCAUCAGAACUCAAGGGUACAACGGAGAUUUCAAAACCUACUGGAAGUUCUUCAUACAAGAUUUACACCACUGGACACCUUACUUUGAACACCUUAAAGAGGCGUGGAAUCAGAGACACAAUCCAAGAAUGCUGUUCUUAUUUUAUGAAGAAUUGUCAAAGGAUUUGCCAGCAGCUGUACGAAGAGUUGCAAAGUUUUUGGACAAGGAUUUUAGCGAAGAGCAAAUCAGUAAAUUGUGUGAACAUCUCAGCAUUGAGAAUUUCAAGAACAACAAAUCCGUGAACUAUGACGUCAUGAAGGAAUUAGGGAUCUUGAUACCAGGAGAACAAGCGUUUAUUAGAAAAGGCAAAGCAGGGGGCUGGCGGGACUACUUCGACGAGGAGAUGACCGCGGAGGCGGAGCGCUGGAUGGCAGACAACUUGCAGGAUACCGACCUGAGGUUCCCGCACUUAGGAUAAUCAUAAGUCUGACUUUGAACAACUAAAAUGUGAUAAACCUUAAAAAUGUAUGAUUCGGUACAGUGGGCGUAGGAGAUACCUCGGCCACCUGUCACUCAAGUUAAUGCAGCAAAGGUAUCGCAUAGGCCGACUGUACAUACCGAAAGACAAAAUGUUUGUGAAAUAAAAAUUAGGCUUGUAAAUAAAAGGGGAUAUGAAUGUGUUGAUUGACUAAUAAUACUCAGGGCGAGCGAAUAUCUAUUACAAAUUGUUUGGAAUGAUUU